AUGCCUUCGUCAUCAUCGAUCGACGCAGCGAUUCUCCGGGCACUGGCUCUAGAUGCUUCGUCCAAGAUCUCUACGCAUGGAGGAUCAGGCUUUGCGUCGACAUUCCGAAUAACCACCCAGUCUGCUCCAAUCUUCAUCAAGACUUCCAGCUCAUCUGACGCCGCAGUCAUGUUCGAGGGCGAGCACGCGUCUCUCAACGCCAUUCAUGAUGCCGUGCCGAGUCUGUGCCCCGAAUCGUUGGCUUGGGGUAAGCUAGAUAAAGGUGGAUAUUUCCUCGCGACCGAGUUUCUAGACCUCAGUGGUGGAGGCCGUAGAGGUGGUGGGGUGAGGUCCAGCAAGAGUCUCGCACAGAAGCUUGCGAAGUUGCAUUCUACACCAGCGCCCAAACCGGACGGAUAUGAUACUCCACAGUUCGGGUUUCCGGUCCAGACGUGCUGUGGAGAUACGCCUCAGAGUAAUGCAUUCACGUCGUCCUGGGCGGAAUUCUUUGCUCAAGAGCGCCUACUAGCAAUACUCAAGCGAGGCGAGAAGAAUAACGGCUCAGAUUCUGAAUUACGGAGAGUCGUACAGAAGACGGUCGACGAGGUAGUGCCAAAACUCCUCGCAGACGGUCAUCUGGGCGGGAAAGACGGUAUCAAACCCGUCGUUGUUCACGGUGAUCUAUGGUCUGGCAAUAAAGGACGAGGUAGCUUUGUCGGAAGGACCAGAGACAAGACGAAUGCAGACGAAGACGCCGAGGCUGGAGUGGAAGACGUCGUCUUCGACCCUUCAGCAUGCUUUGCACAUUCAGAGUAUGAUCUGGGAAUCAUGAACAUGUUUGGUGGGUUCAGCUCGUCGUUCUUCAAGGAGUAUCACGCUAUCUUACCAAAAACAGAGCCAGAGAGUGAGUACCAAGAUAGAAUUGCGCUUUAUGAGAGUUAUCAUCACCUCAAUCAUUGGGCGAUCUUCGGCGGAGGGUACAAGUCUGGGGCACUGGGGAUCUUGAAGGGCCUUUUGGAGAAAUAUGGUGACAAAUGA